GCCUUGUCACCCCACGAUUCAUUCAAUUUGUGCCUAUCUUCCCUCUAAAAUAUUCUGUAACUUGACAGCUUUAUUUUCGGACGCGUUGGGCCCUUGUUUCAAUACCAAAGUCCUUCAACCGGUGUUUGGGCCGCUUCGUCAAACAUAUGUGGCGGUGCACGGUUUCAUUUUUACAGCCUGCGACGUGACGCGGCCAAGGAUAGGCCGGAGUAUCGGCAGGUACAGCGCAGCGCAGCGCAGUACCACGCACACACCGUAUACUACACAGUCAAGUCCCUAGAAUCUGAGCAUUCACAAUACACUGCACUACACACGACUGACAAUGAAUCGACGCACGUGUUUGACAAUCUUCAUAAUGCGAGAUGCAUCAAACAAAAGACUAUGUCUCGCCAAGUAUCGUCUCCGCCAGUCUCUCCUUCCACUCUCAUAGACUCUGAGCAGAACAUAGCCACGAUAUCGCGUCAUGAUAGCAUUAAUUCGGCACAGGACUUGGAGGUUGCCGAGUUGAGGAGACAGAUCGAAAAGCUUCAAGCGACAGAAACCAGUCUAAUAUGGCAAUGCGAUGAGGCAUCUCGAGAACUGAAAACUUGUAAGAGUGACCUCGCCAAGGAGAAGCAAGAGGCGCGUACUUUUGCCGGUAAGUUGAGCAAAGAGAGCCGAAACCUUGGCGCCCUCAAUGACGACAUGGUCACAUUGCGGAAAGAUACUGAACGCCAGAUUUGCGACAUCGAGUCAAAGUUGGAUCAGGAAAGGAAGAAGCGAGCCAGAAUCCAGCAAGACACCGAUAGGACUAUCACAGAGUUACGCUCCGAACUUGACGCAAAGCAGUCUGUAAUCAAGAAUCUACAAGCUUGCAUUCCCGACAAGAAACGUCACCUUCACGUUGAGCAGGCAAAGAUUGGGGCCACACGAGCUACUGCCUACUGUCCUACUAGCUCACUUGCAUGUAUGCCCAGUACUCAUGAUGCAAACCCUUAUCAACCUAGCCCUGUCUCCCACUUCCAGGACACCAUCAAGUACCUCCAGAAGGAGAACGCUCGCCUCCGGAAUAUGCACCAUGAAGAUGGCUGUGAAGAGCACAGGAAUUUCAUCUUUCACCAACUUGAAGAUGCGAAAGGACUGCAGGCUGCCGCUGAGGCAGAAACAGAAGGUCUUCGCCACCUCGCAAAAGCCAAUGCUGACCUGAUAGAGGAAAAUGUUAAUAAUGUGGAAAGUAUCAAGGCAUUGAUACAGCAGACUGACAGCUACGGCGCUAAAGUUGAGCAGCUUCAAGGAAAUGCCAAAGAGCCGCUCGCCAAAGAGCACUUCACUUCUGGCAUGAUCAAAGAUGCCGACGCCAAUCAUUACUUAAACCAACUUUUGGGCUUUUCCGCGAUCACAUAUCUUGACACUGUUCCUGUCGCUCCCGAAGACAACGAAGUCGAGAUUGCGGAAUACAUACACCGUUUGCGCGCCGCCGAGCUGGAAAUCGAAGUUCUCAGUUCAGAUCGCAACGUUCCGCCUGAGCCGUGUACUCCGGUGUAUCCAGCAUCAGCUGCACUCGGGCUCUCAACGGUCUUUUGCUUGGCAUCGGAGCCUGAAGCAGCUUCAUUAAUCAGGUCUUCGCUAAAAUUUUCUGAUUUGCAAACCGUCUCGACAACGCCGCGUACGCCUGUCCCUACGACCAACCCAUUAAACAACCCUGCCUUGCUAGCUGGGCUUGAGGAUCUCGGUAAUUCGAUCAUGAGUCUCAGCACUGUACCAUCUUUCAACGGAAUGGUCCAAUCUUCCACAGAGCUGCAGGUUACACCCCUCCCCAAUGUCGCCCUGACAAUCAAUAUCCAACCUACCGAUAAGCGCAACUAUUCGUUGCUGCAACGCGUUCAAAGUGCAAUCUCUGCGACAUCGUCUCUCGAUAUCCACGGCCCUAAAGAAUCUGUUAAACAACUUGUAGCUAGCAUGCACGACGUCGAGGCGGAUCAUGCCGAGAAGAGCAAACUUGUCGUACAGUUGGAAAUGGUCUCCAAGCAGUACCUUGCAGAUAUAGACGUUCUAGAAGCACAGAUUCGAGAUAAAAGGAAGUGCUUAGAUCCCGAGCAUCGCAUAAUGGCUGAUGAGCUCGAGGCCAAGAACGUGCAAUUCGCUAUGCAGGAGCAGCUUCUGGCCGAUUGGGGGAGACGGACUGAAUGAGCGAGGUCUUUCUGGCUUCGUCCCCUAGGAAUGAUCUCAUGGAUUAUUAGCAUGGCAAUUUUAUUUCACACCUCAUCUUCGCCAUUGGGGAUUAGAUCAUCUUCUCAUUGUGAUGUCAUUGUUGUAGAGGUCCGUGCGUGACUACGCAUCUCCAACGCAGCUGCCUAG